GCGAGCUUGCCUGAUGCAAACUCCCCAUGGCUCGAGAGCAUGCACAGUUCAGAUAUGAUGGCGGAAACCGGCAUUCUGACAGACGAGCAGAUAGAUGACCUGCUGGGACAGGCUGAGGCACGCCUGCGGGAAAAGUCAAAGUCCACAAAUGAAGACGAGAUCAGUUUGGAGAUUGUCAGACCAGCGACAACGUCCAGGAAAAUAAUUCCCAAACUACACCAUGACCUUGUCCGAUCGAAGUAUAUCAACGACAAGCAGGGUGUCGCCGAGACUGAUGCCAGAGCGGUCUUGCAGGGCCAGCAAAGCCUGCUGGCAGAUGGACUCGGGUCUGUCGAAGCGCCUCACAAAUCCAAGAAAGUGAAUGACCAAACCAGCGCAGGCCCUGACUGGUUCGACAUGCCCAAGACACACUUGACUCCCCAACUGAAGCGCGAUCUGCAGCUCAUCGAAAUGCGAUCUGUGCUCGAUCCACACAGGCAUUACAAGAAAAAUAACAGAAGAGGCAAAGUACCGACAUUCUCGCAGACAGGCACAGUCAUUGAAGGUCCCACAGAGUUUUUCAGUGCAAGGAUCAACAAGAAGGAUCGAUCGAAGAACUUUGUCGAGGAAGCCAUAGCUACCGAGAGGGAGACUGGGCGGUUCAAGCGAAAGUACAGCGAAAUUCAAGAGACGAAGACAAGCGGUAAAAAAGCACACUACAAGCAGCUCAUGGCAAAGAGGAGGAAAAGACCUUGACACUGCCUGUACUUGUGACGUGGAAAUAUUCAUGACGCCAAAGAGCCCAACACGCACAGUCUGCCUCUGGGCACUGUCCAUACUCGGCUUAACUGAACGGCCGAAGGAAGUAUGCAUGACUUGCGGGUUGCCAGAAGCUUAUCAGGCUCCCUACUGCUCGUAGGCUGAGGUGUCUGCUCUGGAAAUCAUUGCGAACCACAAGAGGUAGGCGAGGGAGCCAAAUACGGGCGAAGAUCGGGAAUGCAGCCGAUUGGGAAGUCAUCAAGUGCCCCCGGCUUCGCUCUUACACAGCCGCAGGAGUUCCGUGGCUGGCCCCCCAUCAUGAAGGGCCAUAGAGGAUGGAGAAAUCCAUAGCAAACAAACUUGCAGGGAGACGGGCGGGUUGAACGGUGUAACUUUCAAAGCAAUGCAAGGUACCCCUAAAACGCGGGAGAUCUGAGAUAAUAGCCUGCAUCAGGGGAUGGGGGGCCAAGAGCAACAUUUGGAUUGCAACUGAGGUGAGAUGAGGAGAGGAGAUUUGGGCAGGAGUUGUAGAAAGACUAUGCACACACCAUGGGUACCCUAACGGCUCAUUGCAUGUGGCAAUCUCCAUCUGCUUUUGUCUACAACCUUCUUUUGCGCACCUUCACAUGGGACUCCGUAAUUGUUUGCCAAAUGAUCUCCAGCUUAGUCGGGAAAAAGGGUGCUGACUUGAUUCGAGCCGUUCCUUCUGCAUUGUCAAUGAUUGCUGGCGUUGCCACCCCUUACCACCUCCUUUCUCAGUGCCUCAACUUGAGCCACUAUGGGACUGUCAAUCCAAUAUCACAAUCUGGGCCGUUGCCGUCGGGCCUCC